GUCCCACCUUUCCAAUCCUUGACCAUCCCGACUUCGAAACCAGUCACUCCAUUGGCUGAUAAGAAAAGGACCGCCUACUGUCUUGAUUAUUGGCUACUGAAAGCGGUAGGAGACGAGGAAGAAUCUGGGGUGCACUCCUGUUGCAUCAGCUGGUGCGGGGUUGUGGCCACGUGGCGCAAGCGCAGUGUAGGUGCGUGGCUGUCCUCUACCCCAACCCUUAUUCUUUCGGAUUCCCUGGGGACUUUCACGCCAGUCUUUCUUCUAUAAAGGGUCUUUGUGGACCUCUCUUCCUCCGCGGCCCCCGUAGUGUCUGAAGAUGUCCCAGGAAGUGGCAGUCGAUCCCGCGGGAAAGAUGAGUGGGGAAGAAAAGCAGUUAGGUGGAGGUGAAGAAAAGCGAAAGGAAGGUGGAAAAAAGAAAAAUAAAGAAGGAUCUGCUGAUGGAGGUCGAACAGAGCUGAAUCCUUGGCCUGAAUAUAUCAACAAACGUCUUGAGAUGUACAAUAAACUUAAAGCAGAACAUGAUGCCAUUUUGUUAGAGAAAGCUUCAAAAGAUAGCCAGCCAAUCAAAGUUACAUUACCUGAUGGUAAACAAGUUGAUGCUGAAUCCUGGAAGACUACUCCAUACCAAGUGGCUUGUGGAAUUAGUCAAGGCCUUGCUGAUAAUACAGUAAUUGCCAAAGUAAACAAAGUUGUUUGGGAUCUAGACCGCCCUCUAGAGGAAGACUGUACCUUAGAGCUUCUUAAAUUUGAUGAUGAAGAAGCUCAAGCGGUAUACUGGCACUCAAGUGCUCAUAUUAUGGGUGAAGCCAUGGAGAGAGUCUAUGGUGGAUGCUUGUGCUAUGGCCCACCAAUAGAAAAUGGCUUUUAUUAUGAUAUGUACCUUGAGAAUGGAGGUGUAUCUAGCAAUGAUUUCUCUGCUUUGGAGGCUUUAUGUAAGAAAAUCAUUAAAGAGAAACAGUUAUUUGAAAGACUGGAAGUUAAGAAAGAAACUUUGCUUGAAAUGUUUAAGUACAAUAAGUUCAAGUGUCGGAUAUUGAAUGAAAAAGUGAAUACUCCAACUACUACAGUCUAUAGAUGUGGUCCCUUAAUAGAUUUAUGCAGAGGUCCUCAUGUCAGACAUACUGGCAAGAUAAAGACUUUGAAAAUUCACAAGAAUUCAUCUACAUAUUGGGAAGGCAAAGCUGAUAUGGAAACUCUACAAAGAGUUUAUGGCAUUUCAUUCCCAGAUCCUAAAAUGUUAAAAGAGUGGGAGAAAUUCCAAGAGGAAGCAAAAAAUAGAGAUCAUAGAAAGAUUGGCCGGGAUCAGGAACUCUAUUUCUUCCAUGAGCUCAGUCCUGGAAGUUGUUUUUUCCUGCCAAAGGGUGCCUACAUCUAUAAUACACUUGUUGAUUUCAUUAGGAGUGAGUAUAGGAAAAGGGGGUUCCAGGAGGUCGUCACUCCAAAUAUCUAUAAUAGCAAACUCUGGCUGACUUCAGGACACUGGCAACACUACAGUGAAAACAUGUUCUCUUUUGAAGUCGAAAAGGAGAUAUUUGCUCUGAAGCCCAUGAACUGCCCAGGACACUGCCUUAUGUUUGAUCAUCGGCCCAGAUCCUGGAGAGAAUUACCCCUGCGAUUAGCUGACUUUGGGGUACUUCAUCGAAAUGAGCUGUCAGGUGCUCUCACAGGGCUCACUAGAGUUAGGCGAUUCCAGCAGGAUGAUGCUCACAUAUUUUGUACCAUGGAGCAGAUUGAAGAGGAGAUAAAAAAUUGUUUGGACUUCUUGCGUACAGUAUAUAAUGUGUUUGGAUUUUCCUUUAAACUGAAUCUGUCAACUCGCCCAGAAAAGUUCCUUGGAGAUGUUGAAAUCUGGAAUCAAGCUGAAAAGCAACUUGAAAGCAGCCUUAAUGAAUUUGGUGAAAAGUGGGAGUUAAACCCAGGGGAUGGAGCAUUCUAUGGACCAAAGAUCGAUAUUCAGAUUAAAGAUGCUAUUGGUCGAUACCACCAGUGUGCAACAAUUCAACUAGAUUUUCAACUGCCAAUUAGAUUUAAUCUUACUUAUGUGAGUCAUGAUGGUGAUGAUAAAAAAAGGCCAGUAAUUAUUCAUAGAGCCAUUUUAGGAUCUGUGGAAAGAAUGAUUGCUAUCCUAACUGAAAACUAUGGAGGCAAAUGGCCUUUGUGGCUGUCUCCUCGACAAGUAAUGGUGGUACCAGUGGGACCAACAUGUGAUGAAUAUGCCCAAAAGGUACAACAACAGUUCCACGCUGCUAAUUUAAUGACUGACAGUGAUUUGGAUCCAGGCUGUACAUUGAACAAGAAGAUCAGAAAUGCACAGCUAGCCCAAUAUAACUUCAUUUUAGUUGUUGGUGAAAAAGAGAAAACUAGUGGAACUGUGAAUAUCCGUACAAGAGAUAACAAGGUGCAUGGAGAACGGACGGUCUCUGAAACAAUUGAGAGGUUGCAACAGCUGAAGCAGUCUCGCAGCAAGCAAGCUGAAGAAGAAUUUUAGGAAAGCUUUCUUCACCUUCCUACCCUCCAAGCCCUAUGAUUGGCUCAGUGUAAAAAGAAGAGCAGGUGUUUUUGUUUUUCUUAAUAAUAUAUAAUUUGUACAGUUUCUGUAACCUCAGUUUUUAUUGGCUACAGAAGUGUAUUGCCUGCUCAGGAUUUAAGGUGAUUUUUCAGAGUGAUCCUCAUUUAAUCUGUUUUUGCCAUUUUUAGACACUGAAUAAAUAAAUUUGAAAUAUUUGAUUGAUAAAAAAGACAGAUGGAAAAAUGAUUAGAUUCCUUAAAUAUCUGAUCACUGGAAAUAAAAUGAGGAAUACUUCCAAGUGCUGUGGGGAAAGUAUUAUGUAAGGCAUAAAUAAAUUGAUAUUUGAAAAUUAUAUAGGGAAAGAUUAGUGUUAGAAAAUUAGAGAAAUAAUGAGAAGAAUUUGAUAUGUAUUUAUACCAAAUGCAAAGUCCUUUGAGAACAAAAAAGUCAGGCAAAUAGAUGUAUAAAUGGUUUCACUCAAUAUUAAAAUGUAUUGUUUCAAAAUAAGUUUGUUACUGUGAUGAAGUAGAGAAGCAUCAAGAAAUAAUAACUUAAUUCUCAUUUUAAUAAAAGAGUAAACUCUUUAA